CAGCCCCGGGAGCGCCUGUGCUGUUACUUCCGCGAAAAACCCGAAUUUCCCUACAUAUUUGAGUAAAAAGAGGUUAGUCUAUAUAAUCUAGACACGAUAAGAAUGUGCAGAACCAUAUCCUGAAAUAAAAGUUUGCGAAUGAUGGCGAGAGAAAUAGUAUUUUUAAGGAAAACCUUAAAGUUGUCUCAAUUUACGUUAAGUUUGAAAGAGAGUUGGGGCAAUCAGGGAAGUUUCAGGCUGCCCAUUUUGAAUAUAGCUGUACAAAUUAAGGCAAGAAUGAAGCCCACAGGCUCUCGGAUCACAUUCCCCCAAGUUCCCAAUGAUUUCGUGCCCAUAUUUCUUUUAUUUUUACUCUUUUUUAAGGGGCAACAAACACAGCCACAAGGCAGAGCUGAAGGUCCCUUCUCUGGCAGCGCGGCGCACGGCGCAGGGAACCAAUCACCACGCAGCUUCUCUCUAUAUAAACCCAGAGCCUUCAGCACCGGGAACAAGCCUCUCUGACAGUUUGGGCUUACUUUUGGCUUUCCUAGCAAGGCAUAAACCAUGUCCGAGACCGCUCCAGCGGCUCCCGCUGCCCCUGCCCCUGUGGAGAAGACACCUGUGAAGAAGAAGGCGAAGAAGACCGGCGCCGCCGCGGGGAAGCGCAAGGCGUCCGGACCCCCGGUGUCCGAGCUCAUCACCAAGGCUGUAGCCGCCUCCAAGGAGCGCAGCGGCGUGUCCCUGGCCGCGCUCAAGAAGGCGCUGGCGGCCGCCGGCUACGACGUGGAGAAGAACAACAGCCGCAUCAAGCUGGGGCUCAAGAGCCUGGUGAGCAAGGGCACCCUGGUGCAGACCAAGGGCACCGGCGCCUCCGGCUCCUUCAAGCUCAACAAGAAGGCGGCUUCCGGCGAGGCCAAGCCCAAAGCCAAGAAGGCAGGCGCGGCCAAGGCCAAGAAGCCCGCGGGCGCGGCCAAGAAGCCCAAGAAGGCUGCGGGAACAGCCACUCCCAAGAAAGCCGCCAAGAAGACCCCGAAGAAGGCGAAGAAGCCCGCGGCGGCUGCAGGGGCUAAGAAAGUUGCCAAGAGCCCGAAAAAGGUGAAGGCAGCUAAGCCCAAGAAGGCAGCCAAGAGUCCAGCGAAGGCGAAAGCCCCCAAGCCCAAGGCCACCAAGCCGAAGGCGGCCAAACCGAAGGCCACCAAGGCAAAGAAGGCCGCCCCCCGGAAGAAGUAAAGUGGCGCGUCCUGCUUUGAAAAUCUCAAAACGGCUCUUUUCAGAGCCACCCA